AUGAUGACUGCUAGAGUACAAACUGUAUUAGGGGACGUGAAUCCUUUUGUACUCGGACGUACUCUAACCCAUGAACACCUGGCAAUGGACUUCUCACACUUCUACUCGAACCCGCCGGAGCAGUUGGCUGACAAGUUCCAGUCUCUACCAUAUACCCUGGACCUGAUAGGAUACAUAAAGCAGUAUCCAUAUAGUUCUCCUUACAACUUGUUGAUGGAUGACAGUGAUGCAAACACUGCUGUACUCGAGGAUCUGAUAGCAUAUAAGAAAUUUGGCGGAGGUACAAUCGUAGAAAAUACAACUGAAGGCAUCAAGAGAAAUGUGAAUUUCUACAAACGUCUCUCUCAAGCCAGCGGUGUGCACAUAGUAGCUGGUACUGGCUACUACAUAGCAGACACGCAAACCCAGAAGACACUGCUUCAAUCUUCAGAAGACAUGUACAAUCAUAUGCUGAAAGAGCUGACGGAGGGCUGUGUUGAUGCGCCAGGAAUAAAGGCGGGGUUCAUGGGGGAAAUUGGCAGUAUUUGGCCAUUGAGAGAUUUUGAACGCAAAGCAAUUGUUGCUGCUGGCGAAUUGCAGCCGCAAGUCAAUUGUGGAGUCAGUUUCCAUCCCCACAGAACACCAGAUGCUCCUUUCGAGAUAAUACGUCUCUACCUGGAAGCUGGUGGAUCUGUCGAUAAGGUCGUCAUGUCGCAUUUGGAUCGGACAUUACUGCAAGACGAUAAACUUCUAGAGUUCGCCGAACUAGGCACUUACUGUCAGUUCGACUUAUUUGGUUGCGAGGUGUCGUACUACCAGCUAAACGUGUCGACGGACAUGCCCAGCGAUGCCCAACGUAUGGACCAAGUGGCCUUGUUGGUGAAUGAAGGCAGAGAUGAUAAGAUACUCCUGUCGCAUGAUAUACAUACGAAACAUAGACUGAUUCGUUACGGCGGUCAUGGCUACUCGCACAUAAUAAACAACGUACUGCCCAAACUCAAUUCCAUAAAAGGAAUACCUCAGGAAGUCAUAGACAAAAUUACAAUAGACAACCCUGCAAGAUGGUUGGAGAUCAAAAAUUAG